CUUCAAGUUUCUCUGAAAUAGCCAAAGACCAAAGACGAAAGCAGCUGGUAUGGGUCAGCUCCCUUUUUCUGUUUCAUUACCUUGGACUCCAGGAGGAUGGACUGUGCCUGGUGAUAUCAUGCAGGCUUUUCCUCAAGAAGUUCCUCACCUUUAAAUGGAGACUCCGGUGGAUAUUGCUACAGAAAGAAACCCUGAUUGGUUGUACAAAUGCAGGGCUAGAGGGCUAGGUUUUGGAGUAUUGAGAAGUAAAGUGAAUGGCCAGCUAGCUCUAGUCCCUGCUCUCUCCUCCAGGGACAAGAGAUGUAGGUACCCAAAUGGGGACUCAGUGGCUUUUAGAGCCCUAUGUGGGAAGAAAGCAAACUGAGAGGAAGGAUAGUGGUCACUUCUGGGGUGCUUUUGGGUGAGGUGAGGGUCCCCUUGCCACCUUCCCACUACAACCUUCAGCUGUAAGAACCUGGGCAUUGAGGACCUCCUGUCUUAUCAGCAGGGCCCAACUUUUUGGCUAGGAAUAGCCCAUUCUGAGCACUGGUAGAAAAGCAUGGCAGUUACUCAUUGCCUAACUUAAUUCAGGCCUACCGGAUUCUGGUAACUUUUGGGUGACCCUGAUGAAGACAAAGCCCUACUCCGUCUUUGUAUGGCAGAGUCCCGGCUCCCGCGGGUUGGGCAGGCAGUCUGCCUGCCUGAGACAUUUUGCCCAACUCGGAGGUCACCUUGCCUACCCACACUUCGUUGCCCUGUGUCUGAAUAGAAGGAUUCAUUCUUCCUUGAACUGUGCCCACUUUGGAGGAGCUGCUUUCAGGAGAGGGUGAGUAGAGAGGGCAUAGAAGGUUAGCAAAGUCAGUGGCAGACAAAAGCUGAGGAUUACCUGCUGGGGAUAGGGGUGCUGGGGAUUUGUAACUACAUUAACAUCUGGCGGGGCCCUCAAAUGUGGCAUGGCAAGUCACUUGAUUACAUGUAUGUUAUUUAGUUAAAUUUGUGAAAAUUAUGAGAUGCUCACCAACCCAGUGAUAAACUCCCUCCCUCCCCAUUGGUUGGCCUGGUCACAUGGCUGCCCAACUUUAUUCAGUUGACAGCAAGUAGGAGGGCCCUAUGGAAGGAGAAAAAAAGACAACACGAGAAAAAUUAGUAUUUUCUACCUUCUGAAAUUAAUGGCCAUGAGUUCGUAUAUGGUGAACUCUAAGUAUGUGGACCCCAAGUUUCCUCCGUGCGAGGAGUAUUUGCAGGGCGGCUACCUAGGCGAGCAGGGCACCGACUACUACGGCAGCGCACAGGGCGCCGAGUUCCAGCCCCCGGGGCUCUACCCGCGUCCCGACUUCGGUGAGCAGCCCUUUGGAGGAGGCGGCCCCGGUCCCGGCUCAGCACUGCCUGCGCGGGGUCACGGACAAGAGCCCAGCGGCCCUGGUGGUCACUACAGCGCCCCAGGAGAGCCGUGCCCGGCGCCUCCGCCUGCACCCCUGCCUGGCGCCCGGGCCUGCAGCCAGCCCGGCGGCCCCAAGCAGCCGCCCCCCGGGACGGCACUCAAACAGCCUGCUGUGGUCUACCCCUGGAUGAAGAAGGUGCACGUGAAUUCGGUGAACCCCAACUACACCGGCGGGGAGCCCAAGCGUUCCCGGACGGCCUACACCCGGCAGCAAGUCCUAGAACUGGAAAAGGAAUUUCAUUUUAACAGGUAUCUGACACGGCGCCGUCGGAUUGAAAUCGCUCACACCCUGUGUCUUUCGGAGCGCCAGAUCAAGAUCUGGUUCCAGAACCGGAGGAUGAAGUGGAAAAAAGACCAUAAGCUGCCCAACACCAAAGGCAGGUCAUCAUCAUCAUCUUCUUCCUCCUCCUGCUCCUCCUCAGCCACCCCAGGCCAGCAUUUGCAGCCCAUGACCAAGGACCACCAUACGGACCUGACGACUUUAUAGAAGUGGGGACUCUGGGCCCAACCCUCCCUUCGCUCCAGGCUGAGCCGAAGCUGCGGGGGCAGGCCGGGCCUGCUGUCACCUCACUGGGCUCUAAGGUACUGUGGGGUGGACCUGGGACUUGCAGGCCGCCCUCGGACUAGGUUAGCAUCCCGCCCGAGGGCAGCCCCCUCCCUAGAGUGGGGAAGGGGGUGGGAGGGAUGGGCGGGAUUCUCUCUACGUAUAUUAUAUGGCAGGAGCUACUGAGAACAUAAAACCUUGGCGAGUCAUUAAACUCAUGAAAA